UCUCAGAAAUAGUGGGGGGGGGGCAUAUCGAAAUUUUUGUGAUAAAAAUAACCUCGUUAGUAUUUGCAUUGAUUCUAAAGCAUAAAAACUCUUCUUCAAUAGGGAAAGGAGGGAAAUGGGCUUUCUAAGAUCCAGAGGACGUAGAACCCGAAAUCAAUAGAUUAACUGUACAUUGACUGAAAUAUCCCGAAUGUCCGUUUUAAUAUCUCAGUGUGCCUCAUAAACAUCGAAAGAGCACUUCCUCAAUUUUUUAGGAAUCAGUAAAAUAUACAACCUUUAAUUAUUUUUUAGAGACUAGCAGAUAAACAGGCACAAAUGGCGAGAUGUGCGGUGGAAAAUUCGGCACCCCCACAAGUCUGUACCAGUUGUUAUAUUCAAUAUGCCCAAUUGAGAGAAGAAGAAUAUAAAAGUCAACAUUUGGAUGUCUUGUCUGCCAAUAAUCGAACUUGUACAACUGUUAUUUACGAAAAUUAUGUCGUCAGUUAUGCUCAUUUAAUGUCUGGUGCGCUUGGAAAACAAAUUUGGGAAAAGUCGAGGUGUCAAUGUAAAGUAUUUUUUGCCUGUCUAAUAAUUCAUGGCGAUUUAACAAAUGGAACGGCUACCUUCGACCUAGAUAAUAAAACAUCAACAUUUUCUAAAUUAUUAAAUGUUUGGAGGGAUUGUAUUUCCAACGCAACAUUUAUUCUUAAAAACAUUCAAAACAACAACAAAAACACAGGUUUACAAACAUAUAAAAGACAAGAAGACCCUCCAUUUGUUUGCCAACAUUGUUCAAAACAAUUUGAUUCUCUUUUUGAUUUUUAUUGGAAAGUUUAUACUGCGCCGAACAUUGAUUUUUGUGUUGAUGUUGAGGCGAUGAUGAACGAUACAAUGAAUUUAUGGCAUGAUGUACUUCACUGCAAGGAUGACCCUAGAACUGAAGAUAGGCAUCAGGAUAUUCGAGUAGCUGCUUUUUCUGCUGCAUUGUUAGCCAUAGUUAUUGGGUUGUUUUACGCUGGGAGUUAUAUACAAACUGAACAGGCACAAACACAGCUUAUUCAAUGUUUGUUUUCUAACUUUUAA